ACUCGGCGGUGUUUCAGUAUCAGGGGACAGUUUGUGUGAAUGUUUAGGUUGUGUGUUUUCUCCUCAGUGGGUGUCCAUAACUAAACUGUGAAAGCGGAGAGCGCCACAUGGAGGCGGUGCUGAAAAACCUGUCGAGCACGGUGGAGCUGCUGGCCGUGGCGGCGCACAGCUCUGCGGUGAAGCAGUGGGACAGACACACCGUGUCCAGGGCCUUUGGCUGGGCCCGAUACUGCGAGCACGUCUUCUCCAGGUUCCACAGCAACUCCGCCAUAAGGAGGGUCAUGGAGCAGCAGCUGCAGCUCACAAAUCAAAGUUUACAAGAUGUCAUCCCUGGGUACAGUAAAGUCUGCUUCCCGGAUCUUCCCCGGCUCCAGCACCUGUUGCUCCUCGGACUGUUGAACAAUCCUGAACUGCCCAUCUCCAUCAUGAAGAUGCUCUUUGGCACAAGGAAUCCUGUGGAUAACACGCAGGGCCAGUAUCAGGAUGUCACCGGCCUCUGCAGCCACAUUAUUCAAUGCAAAUCGGCUUGCAAGGUCCUGAGUCCUGUGACAGACCUGUCAGCUGCUGGUGCUGAGGUGCAGGGGGCGAUGCUGGUGGAGAGGCUGGGUGCUCUGCUGAGCCAAGGCAGCGACACCCGCCCAGCAGAGCACUUUUUAGGCUGUGUCCUCCAGGGAUGUGAAGGAGCAGGACAACAUUUCUGUCUAGUCAUCGCCGCAGCUCUGCUGACAACAAAAAACUCAGCUGCACAAACUGCUCCACAGGAAUUCCUUUUGGACUGGCUGCAGAAUAAACACAGUGUGCUGCAGGGCUUGUGUUCUGCUCUGCCAGCCACACUUCUUAUAGACCUGGCAAAAGAACAUAACAAAUUCAGAGAUGCUUACUGUGACGUACUGAAAAAGUGGGCCUCAGACAUGGAGUACAGCAUAAGUGAGGGUGAAUGGGUUCAAACCAGCACAAUCCCCACAGUGUCCUUCCAGAAACUGACUGCGCACUUUAUGGCCUUGUUCGAAGCCUGUCCUUCUCUGAGGGUGAAUACAGAAAAAGAACUAAAUGCUUUGAAGAUUUCUGAUGGAGACUUUGAUGUCAGAGGUCUGAGUGUGUGGGGAGAUCUCCUGUCAGCAUUAAACGAGUGACUGUCAGACAUGGAGUGAAAAUGGCCAAAAUGUAGCCACAUGAUUGAUUAGAUCGUGAUGAAAUGUUUGACUUGUUCUGUGUGUUAAACAUGAUAAUAUAUUUACAUACCAAACAAAAUGUGUCCAUGGCUGAGACUAAUAUAAAUGACUGGAAACUGAA